AUGAAUACCAAGAAAUCAUCCAACAAGGGCCUGGAGCUGGUCAAGACUAUACUGCAAGACAAAAAUCGGUUCCAGCAGUAUGUGCACCAACGAUUCAGCCAAAUCAAUGAGAUGGAACUGAUGCGUUCGACAAGUCCACAGUAUCAGCAUGAAGAGGCCAACAGAAACAAGAAGCUGAAUCGUUAUUUUAACAUUGUACCUUUUGAUAAUAACUGCAUCAAGUUGACAGACACACGACUGGGCCAUACAGACGAUGACUAUAUCAAUGCAAGUUGGAUUUUAGCACCGUACAACAUCCCUCGAUUCUACAUAGCAACUCAGGGUCCCACCUCAACCACGUUGAUAGACUUUUGGCGCAUGGUCAUUGAGAAGCAUGUGCCUGUCAUUGUAUGUCUGACACCACAAAUUGAAAAUGGCAUGGAGAAAUGUGGUCGUUACUGGCCCUUGCAAGAUGACGACUUGGAACUGAAGUCUGGAAAUGGUAAUAUACGAGUGGUGGUAAAGAAUUCUAAAAAGGAAAGGAUGGAUACGGAAGCGGAUUGUAUUGUAAGGUCUUUGCUGGUGGAAUUUUACCGCAAUGACGAGAAGGUUGAGCAAGCAAGUGUCACUCAAUUGCAGUUCUUGGGAUGGCCUGAUCAUGGUGUGCCUAAAGAGACCAACAAGGUGAUUGCCUUGAUCAAACUGACCAGACAGCUUCAAGAAGCCAACAAGCCAGUGCUGGUCCACUGUAGCGCUGGAUGUGGAAGAACAGGAACCUUCUGUGUCAUUGAUACGGCAGAAACAUUGCUAAGAAUGAACCAGCAUGAUGCCUUGAUAGACCCCAUCUUUGCCAUUACAGACGAAUUCCGCAAACAACGAACCACCAUGGUCCAGGCGGAAUCACAGUUUGCCUUUUGCUACAGAGCAUUGAACGAUUUUUUCGAACAGGAAGAAUGA